AUGUCGGCGUUGCUGAGCGAGGAGCCGCGCGUGGAGCUGCGCAGGAACUUCCUGGCCUCGGAGGAGCUAAAAGCCUUGCGCAUUUUGGCCGAGCAAGAGAUGUUCCAGGAUCUCAGCGACCCGGAGGGCGGCAGCACCAACUCCCCUCACGUCUGUGGGGGCGAGGAGUUGUCCAUCCUGAACACCUCUGAUCCGGACAUUGACUCAGAGGACACCGAAAGCGAGUGGGAGCUGCUGCAGUCGCUCCUGGCCCGCUCGGCCCGCGCCCUCGACCCGGAUGCGGCGCUGAACUCGGCCGAGGCGUCCGCGUCCGUGGCCUUUGUGGCGAAGUGGGCGCCCUGGCGGCCGAACUCGGCGCUGAACCGCUCGGGGCCGCUGCAUCUGGACGCCCGGCUGCAGCCCAAGCGCCGCAAAACGGCGCUGAUGUUCCUGAGCGGCGCCGGCCGGGAUGAGGACGGCGCCACGGUGUUCCCCUGUAUCGAGACGGAUGACCUGGAUCCCAAAGAGGCCCAGCGCAGGCGGAAGCUUUGUUCUCGGGCGGCACGGCACAUGCAGGCGGCCCAUGAGAAGCUGCUGGCGGUGAGGCAGCGAGGCCUGGAUCUGGAUCCUUCCAAGCAGUAUGAGUUCUUGGAGCAGCAUCCUGAGCUGGCGGGCCUGGCGCCGGAGGUGGAGGGCGUGCGCCCGGUGAAUUGGCUGUGGCUCCCGGGGUAUGACGCCGUCGCCGAGGCGGCCCCGUUGCCGCUGGCGGCGGACCCGCUGCAUCUGCUGGCGGAGAAGAUGUGUCGGAACUUGGCCCCGGGGCUCCGGGUGAGGUCCAAGGCAGGCGAUGCGCUGUUCAUGGACAUCCUGGAGCCCGAUUCCUUCAAGGCGGACUGGCGCCUGUGGCACGCGGGCUGCAGCCCCUUGAAGGGUCCCAGGCUCACAGCCCAGGUCUUCCUAAGCCGAAGCGCCUGCGACAGCCACGGGGGAUGUGGCACCAGGAGCGCGAAGAGUUGA